AUGCCGAAACAGAAAGCGCCCAAGGGCGCCGCGCCUGCAGGCUCCGAGAUUAAUGACCCGCGCUUCUCGAGCUUCACUACGGACCCGCGCUUCCGUCUCCCGUCGAAGAAGCACACGCACACGAAACUCGACAGCCGUUUCUCGCGCAUGCUGAAGGAUGAGGAUUUCUCGAAUUCCGCGACUGUGGAUCGGUAUGGGCGGAAGAUAAGCGUGAGCGGGAAGAAAAAGGCGCUGGAACGAUUGAGGAGGAGGAGGAGGGAGGGGGGAAAGGAAGCAGCAGAUGUGGAGGUUGAAGACGACGAUGUCGUCGAGAGGGAGCUGAAGCGCGCAGAGAAAUACGACCCGGCGAGAGGCGGCGGGUUCUCGUCUUCCGAAGACGAGGACGAGGAGGAGGAAGAUGAGGAUGACGAGGGUGGUGUGGAGAUUGUCGAGGAGGAGUUCCCGGACAUGCAGGCUGAGGCGCAGGCUGCGGCCGUCGAGAUGGGGGAGGUAUCGAGCAGGAUUGCGGUUGUCAAUAUGGAUUGGGAUCAUAUCCGGUCGACGGACUUGAUGGCUGUGUUUUCGAGCUUCGUGCGACCUGGGGGGAAGAUUCUCAAGAUCUCAAUAUAUCCGAGCGAGUUUGGCAAGGAGAGGAUGGAGCGGGAGGAGCAUGAGGGGCCGCCGAGGGAAAUAUUCGCUAGCAAGAAGGGCGAAGAGAUUUCUGACGAAGACUCUGAGGAUGAUAGCGACGAGGAGGAGGAGAAGAUCAAAAGGGAUCUGCUCAAGGCGGACGAGGGCAAGGAAUUCGACAGCGCGGCGUUGCGGCAGUAUCAAUUAGAGCGACUGCGAUACUACUACGCAGUGGUUAUCUGCUCGGAUAAUGAGACAGCGCAGAAUGUCUACGAGAAUACAGAUGGUUCCGAAUACCUCUCCUCGGCAAACAUCUUCGAUUUACGAUUCAUCCCCGAUGGCACCGAGUUCGACGACAAGCCUAGAGACGAAUGCGAGAGCGUGCCAGCCGGAUACAGACCCAUCGAAUUCGUGACUGACGCCCUACAGCACUCCAAGUCUAAGCUUACCUGGGAUACCAACCCCGAGGAAGCAUCGCGGAAAGACGCCAUCAGCAAAGCCUUCGGCGGCAGUCGAAAAGACCAUCUGGACAAUGAUUUGCGCGCAUACCUCGGUUCUGAUUCCGAGGAGUCGGAUGUCGAGGAGGAUGCUGUAGCAGUGGAGGACGAUGGCCCAAAGCUCUCUAAAAAGGAAAUCGCACGCCAGAAAAUGCGCGCUGCCCUCGGCCUCACUGACGAACCGGCGCCCUCGACUAAGAAGACCAAGGGUCCGGUUGGCGAAAUGGAAGUAACAUUCACCGCCGGUCUCUCUGCAAAGGGCUCCACAGGUGUCUUUGAAAAUGAGCCUCCGAUCGAUGAGACCACCGCAGAACGCUACAAGCGCGUGGAGAAAGAGCGCAAGGCCCGCCGAAAGGAGAGAGCCAAAGCGAAGCGCGAGGGCAGAGAUCCCGAUGCAUCUGCUGAUGGCGAGAACACCAGAGAAGCUGGAAAGGAAGACCUCGGCUUCGACGACCCGUUCUUCGCGACCGAAGAAGGCGUGAAGGAGAAGGCCAGCAAAUCCAUCCGCAAAGAGGAGCGCCUCAAGAAGCGCGAAGCCAAAGCCGCCGAGGCCGCGGCCAAGGAGUCCGAGCGCGCGGGUCUGGAGCUCCUGCUGCAAGACGACGCGCACGAGGAGGCCGCCGGCGCUGACCUCGAGCACUUCGACAUCAACGAGAUUGUGCGGGCGGAGAAGCGGAAGCGCAAGAAAGGGGGCAAGAAGGGGAAGAGGGGCGAGGGGGAUCUGGGCGAGAGUAAGAGGGGGGGUCUGCAGGAGGGCUUUGAGAUGGACGUUGCGGAUGAGAGGUUUGGGGCGUUGUGGGGGAGUCACGAGUUUGCCAUUGAUCCUAGCCAUCCGAAGUUCGUGGCUACGGAGGGGAUGAAGAAGCUUUUGGAGGAGGGACGGAAGAAGAGGGCGAGAGGAGAUGGGGAUGAGGAUGGGGAUGGGGAGCUGGGGGCCGUGGUUGGUGGCGAUGGGAAGCGGAAGAAGAAUAAGAAGCGGAAAGUGGGGGAGGGGGAGGGGGAGGGUAAAGCGGAGGGCGGAAAUGGGAAUGGGAAGGGGGAGUUGAGCGGGUUGGUCGAGCGUAUUAGUCGGAAGGUCAGGAAGUAG